AUGGAUAAGUUUAUCAUACCACCUAUUCAUCGUUUUACACAAGUAAAAUCAUUAAUACUUUGUUGUUCAGCACUUAUGCCAUUAGACGUCCUUCAAACAAUUAUGGAUUUUUAUCAAAUCGAAGAACUUGAUAAUACUGAUAUUGAAUCAAUAUCAAGGCGUGAGCUUGAAAAAAUAAUAAAACAUUUGCCUCGAUUAAAUACUCUUAUUAUGAACUAUAAUCCAUUAUUUGUGAUACCAUCACAAAUUCACACUCUUAUGUUACGCGGUGAUAAUCAAUCGGUAUCUAUUAAUAAUCUUUGGCGCACAAUACAAAAUGUUAAAACUCUUGGAACUUUAACUAAUUCACAAGAUAGGAUACUUGAUAUUAUAGAUCAGUUUGAUCAUAUUACCAAUCUUUUAUUCACAUACUGCGACUUUGCGCAGGGUGAUUGCAUGGAAUUCUUUAUUGAAAAGUUAAGUCUUCAUUGGUUGGAAGAUAGUUCGUAUCGUCUUAGAAUGAAUCAUUUUACAUAUCGGAAAGGAUAA